AUGGCGCAAAUGAACUUCUCCAUACCAGACGAUCUAAAGCAAUACCUUGCAGAUCUCGACAAGUUUAUAGACGAGAAGAUCACACCUCUUCAGCACAAAGACGACAACAACCGCUUCUUCGACCACCGUCGCGAACAUGCUCGAACCGACUGGGACAACGGUGGUUUGCCUCGUAAGGAGUGGGAGGAGCUCCUGACAGAGUCUCGAAAGCUUGCCGAUGAAGCUGGCUUCUAUCGCCUGUCUCUUCCCAAGCAGUACGGUGGCCAGAACAGCGCAGACGGUCGAGGCAGCAACCUCUGGAUGGCGGUCAUAAGAGAGCACCUUGCGGCCAAGGGUCUAGGUCUCUUCAAUGACCUGCAAACUGAGCACUCAAUGGUCGGAAACUUCCCAGAUGUCAUCAUGCUCAUGGGAUUCGGAAGUGAGCAACAGAAGAGGGAAUUCAUCCCACUUCGAUUGGAGGGAAAGUUCAGGAUGACCUUUGGUCUGACGGAACCUGGACACGGCUCGGACGCCACACACAUGGCUACAAAGGGCCAACCAGAAACCCGAGAUGGUGUCAAAGGAUGGCUUCUGAACGGGUACAAGCGAUGGCAGACAGGCAUGCACCACGCUACGCAUUGCUCAGUCUUCGCCAGGACGUCAGGGAAAGACGGAGAGAUCAAGGGCAUCUCGUGUUUCAUUGUCCCUGUCGAGACACCUGGACUGAAGGCAGAAUCGUAUGAAUGGACUCUCAACAUGCCUACCGAUCACGCAACCGUGUCGAUCAAAAACGUGUGGGUCCCAGAAACCGCAGCUCUCGGGCCUAUCCACAACGGCCUCGGUGUCGCUCAAGCCUUCGUCCACGAAAACCGCAUUCGACAAGCAGCUUCUUCCUUAGGCGCAGCUGUCUACUGCGUCCAACAAUCCGUCGAAUACGCCAACGAACGCGCCCCCUUCGGUACACCCCUCUCACACAACCAAGGCAUACAGUUUCCGCUUGUGGAACUCGCAACGCAAUGUGAGAUGCUGCGACAAUUGAUCCGUAAGACGGCACUAGAGAUGGAUUCUAUGCCACACCACGAGAUUGAGAGGAGGAUUGGCGACAAGGUAUCCAUGUGCAACUACUACGCCAAUAGAUUGUGUACCGAGGCUGCGGAUAGGGCGAUCCAGGUCCAUGGGGGCAAUGGAUACUCUAGGCAUUACCCGUUCGAGCAUAUCUGGAGGCACCAUCGUAGAUACAGGAUCACGGAAGGCAGCGAAGAGAUCCAGAUGCGAAAGGUGGCAGCGUAUUUGUUCGGCUUUGGUGGGCGGAAGAGUCUUGUUGAUGCGACUAAGCAGGAGUCAAAGUUGUAG